UCCGCCAUUACAGAAGAGAAAGGAGAAUGUUAUGGGACUCGUUCUGCCUGUGGUCGUAAUAACAUAAUGACAGAUAUUUGGUUUGUUCACCGUCAGUGGGACGUGCUGUGGCUGGGUAAAAAGGAAGAUGAGGUUCUGUGAUGAAAAUCUGAGCCACUUUUGACAACUUGGCUGUUAAUCUACUCAAACCUCUACAGCCUGGAUCAAACCACUUGAUCAUCUGACACUGAAAAUAUAUGACUUGCGUGGGAUGUAGAGGAUAGACAUAUUUUUCUUCACGACAUUUUGCUGUGUUACAUAUACCUUAAAGUCCUACAUCAAUGAACGAGGAGCCACACAAAAGCCCAGUGUUUGGCACUGGGCCGGAGACAGAGGUGGAACAAAGCACGGAGAAGAACACCACUGAAACAGAGACCAAGGUUGAGAAAGCAAAGGACAUUUCUGAUGCUGCAUCACCACAGCAGUUCUCUGCACCCCCAGACAGUCUCAGUGCUAAAGAUGUCCAUCUCUCUGGUCCUGUGGAAGAAAUUUCACAAGAGCCCAAGGAGGGUGUUAAGGCCAGUGAUUCUGAUCCUCCUGCUGACUGGUUUGAGCCCCUUGAGGAUGAUGAGGAGGAAGACGAUGAUGCAAAAAGCUGGGACAUGCCAAAUUCCUUCUUCAUUGGCAGGGGUGAUCCAAAAGAAGAAAACCAGGCGGGCAGUGACAAGCCCUUGAAAAAAAAAAUUCUGGUGCAUGUCCCCCGGCGUAAGCGAACUCAUCCUGAUGAGGGAUGGAUGGACUGUCUUGCACUUGGAGAGGGCUGGAAACGCAAGGAAGUUGUUCGUCGGUCAGGUUCUAGUAUUGGCCAGAAGGAUGUGUAUUACAUGAGUCCAGAUGGUGAACGAGUAAGAAGCAAAGUAGAACUGGCUUCAGUGCUGGAUGGCACUGACUUGUCAAGCUUUGACUAUAAGUCUGGAAAGUACUACAAUGGUGAAAUGCCGAUUAGAAACAGAACAAAGAGAAAGAUACGGGAGCAUUCCUCCUCAGAGUCCAGCUGGAUGGAGAGAGGAGAGGGGGCAGACACUCCUGAUUCGCACCACAGGCUUACCCCCAGCCAAGUGCCCAAGCUCCCCCAAUCUAACCACACAAGUCAGUCCACAUCCAUUGUAAAGGGAUCUCCAAACCAGUGUCCUCAAAAUCGAUAUCCUGUUGAACCGAAAAUUAAACUCCCUCCACCUACUUCAUCUUCAUCUAAGGUACUCCCUGCCAUAAAUGGAGAAAUUGGGACAGAAGAAAGCCCUCUGGUCUGUUCCAAAUGCGGUGUUUCAUUUAUAGGCACGUGGUAUGACAGACAGAGGAAGCGGCCCUGCUGUCCCAGCUGUUGGGCAUCCUCAAAGACAAGAGAGCAUCCACUGAUCCGUUUCAGGAAGUGGAUUCCUUGUGGGCAGUGUGUUGCCUGCCGCAACACAGUGAAUUGUGGUCAGUGUGCCAACUGCAAGCAUGGACUGCAGAGCCCUGAAACCAGAAAACGGACAUGCAGGAAGCGCAAAUGUAUAUGUCCCAUCCGUAAGCAAAGCCAUGUGAUUGGAAACUUUGUGGCACAGAAACCUCAAAAUGACAUUCCAGAUCCUUUUGAAGACAACAUGGGUUUUCAGCACCAGAGCCUUAAAAACAAUGAUUCUGAUAAUUUCUCUGUCAACGUGGAUGUUGAUGAUGAAGAGGAGCUGUCAACGGAUGACGACGAUGAUUGGCAUAAGAAACGGAAGCGGCGUUCCUGUGGAGAAUGCAAAGCCUGUCUCUGCAGGAAAGACUGCGGCACUUGCGAUUUCUGUGUAGACAAACCUAAGUUUGGAGGCAGCAAUAAAAAGAGACAGAAGUGUCGUCUGCGUCAGUGUCAGAGACAGGCAAUGAGACACUUGUUGCCAUUUCAGAUGGAAGACAAUGACCACGGGCCUCCUGAAGGCUCACCACAGGGGGCCAGACCAAGACCUUAUUACACAUACAGUCGAAAGGCAAAUAUAAAGAAAAUCAAAGGGUCACAAAUAGGAUUGGAUGACAAUGAUGAGGAUGAGAGCAACCUGCAGUCACGUAACUGGAUUCUUCAGCCUGCCAGCAGUAGCAAACAGUUUUAUGAUUUGAAUUUGAAGAACCAAUCACCUGUGCAGGUAACUAAUGUAGAUCCUGUAUGCUGGAAUGGAAUACCUGGCAGCAGAGCCCAACACAUCAGCAACCGCAAUGGCUCGGAACUCGCUCAACAAUCCCGAUUGGGUGGAGAAAAAUCUGACAUAGUUGGAGAUGUCAAAAAGCAUGUUGAAGAAGAAGAUGAUGAGGAUGAUGAAGAUGAUGAGGAGGAGGAGGAUGAGGAAGAGGAGGAGGACGACGAUGACUUUCCCAUGAUCACACAGAUCUUCAGUUUGGCUGAUAACCCAGGCAGUGGGAGCGGUGCAAACAUGGAAAGCCAGCUGUUAAAGCUGCUAAAGGCUUUGCGCACCUCUGUCAUGCCAAUCCUAUGGUACGCCUUACUGAUGGAGGGUCCUCAGGUGCAGCUGAUCCAGUGUUCAAAACAGUCCAGCAUGGUUGACACCGUGGUGAUGAUUGACCCAGGCUUCCACUAUCAGGUCACUGUCCAAAAGCAGCCCCUGCUUGUUACCCACCCACUGUACGAUAAUCACCCGCCACGCUUGACCUCUGUCACUGAAGUCGUCAGCCUGCUUUUGGACUUGGACAAAUACGUUGUGUGCCAGGGGCUGCCCUGUCAGGAGCCACCCAAUAAGAAAGAGCCCAUCAUCCUUAAACGGGCAGCGACGUGUGAUUUCUUGGUGAAGAAAAAUGUGAACAUCUGUACAAACUGCAAAGCAUUGUGUGGGUAAUGACAAAUUCAUCAUCAGCAAAGACUUCCA